AUGUCCGCAACCACCUCCUUGACUGGCCGUGCGGAGGAAGGGGCGAACUUGGGGAGCACAUAUGGGUCAUUGCUGGUGGGGACGAUCUUUUCUGGGAUGCUCUAUGGCGUCACAUCUCUGCAGAGUAUACAUUACUUCACGCAGUACGGGAGCAGGGAUCGACGUACAUUGAAAGUACUGGUUUCCGUGCUAUGGACGAUGGACACGUUGAUCAUGGUCUUGAACUUCCAUGCCGCAUGGCAUUAUUUCGUCAUAUCAUUCAACGACUCGACAGCUCUUCACAGACCGAUAUGGAGCCUUGACCCUUUAGUUCAUCGAGGACUGCAUCCAGAUUCUGUAGUCGCUAUAUGGACAUUCUAUUUCCUGUCUCUUCUCGCGGUAGUGGCAUUCGUGACCAGCCUUACCAUCACCGUGAUUAUCUUCUUGAGCCCUGUUUGGAUCACACAAAAUAGCAAAAGGAUGCAGUCUCUUACGAUCGGCAACGUCGUUAACGGUGCUGUACUCGAUGUGCUUAUCACUAUCGUUCUCUGCACCAUUCUGGAUCGACAUCGCAGUGGCCUGAAGAGCACGGACAGCUUGAUUAAUCGAUUGAUGACAUUCAUGAUCACGCGUGGAAUCGUUACGACCUUAAUCUGGAUAGUGUUCCAUCUAUCAGCGAGCAAGGUCUAUGCUAAUGCUGUCCUAGCCACGUUAAACUCACGCACGCCGCGAAGAGGCGCGGACAGAAAGGGUCGUGAUCAGCCCGCUCUUGGCAGUUCCUGGCACGAACCCGACCCAAACGCGCCUGCGACAUCGAUGACUGUCGCUUUCCAAAUUCUACCCGACUUGAUUAGCAGCACGACGCCCACGCUAGACAACAGCCAGGACGUGAUUGGGCAUUGA